CCAUACUCCCUCUCUAUCAACCAGUCCCACCAAUACAGCGAGAUCCCCUUUGACACACCGGUGUGUAGCCCACUCUCAGAAUCGCAAACCAAACCAUAAAAUUUAAAAAUAAAAAAUAAAAACUUACGAUUUCAACGUGUUUGUUUUGAACGCACAGUAUAAUCCGAUUCCGGUUUCCAUGGAAACAAUCUCAAAGAUCUAGCUUCUAGCAGACGAAAUUCUUUUUGCCGAUGGCGAUCCUCUAUGCUUUGGUUGCCAGAGGCACGGUGGUUUUGGCGGAGUUCAGUGCCGUCACCGGUAACACAGGCGCCGUCGCUCGUCGCUUACUCGAGAAGCUUCCAACUGAAUCGGAUUCCAGACUUUGCUUCUCUCAAGAUAGAUAUAUCUUUCACAUACUCCGAUCCGAUGGCCUCGCUUUCCUUUGUAUGGCCAACGACACCUUCGGAAGGAGAAUCCCUUUCUCAUACUUGGAAGAUAUCCAAAUGAGGUUUAUGAAGAACUACAGCAGAGUUGCCAAUUAUGCACCAGCUUAUGCAAUGAAUGAUGAGUUUUCAAGGGUUUUGCAUCAGCAAAUGGAGUUUUUUUCUAGUAAUUCCAGUGCUGAUACCCUCAAUCGCGUGAGGAGUGAAGUUGGCGAGAUACACACUAUCAUGGUGGAUAAUAUUGAGAAAAUAUUGGAGAGAGGUGACCGCAUUGAACUUCUAGUUGACAAGACAGCAACAAUGCAAGACAGUUCAUUUCACUUCAGGAAGCAAUCCAAGCGCCUUCGAAGAGCUCUUUGGAUGAAAAAUUUCAAACUCUUGGCGUUAUUGACGGGCUUGAUUGUAUUAGUCCUUUACUUAAUAAUUGCUGCUUGCUGCGGUGGCAUCACUCUAGCAUCCUGCAGAUCCUAAUUGUCUCUCUUGCUGGUUCUUAUAUUUUCUGAGCUCUGCAAUGGUCAAGAUUCCUGUCAAUAUCUACCUUGGAAACUUCAGUAUUUCAGAUUCUAAACUAUGAGCUGAGUGGGAAAAUUUGGUAAAGAAACCAGAAACAGUUGCGCACAUUUUCUCCCUUUCGUUGUUCUUGGUUCUGUAUUAUAAGAUUACACACGAAAGCCUGCUGUGAUGCUGUUUUGUGACUAUAGGACAUAAUUCUGUAAAUGUGGAUUUUACUAUCUUUUAUGAUCUAGGUUUACAUUGUUGUUGUUUAUAAAUUAUUGCAAUUUCCUUGUACACUUUAAUGCUUCGUAUGUCGGUGGUAUUGAAAAUUUAGGGUCAACCACCCUGAAUGUUUAUUUGAAGAUUGAUCCUUCACAUUUACUCAA